UCCCAAGUCCAAGAACUCAGACCAGCCUUUGGCUGGCAGGUCGUACCCCGGGUGUGUACAGGACUUUGCUAACAAGCAAUCCAGACAGUUACCAACAUCGAGUAGCUGAGAUGGCACUGCUGGAAAUCACUACUCUUGCUCUUGUGAUUUGUGUCACUUGUCUGGUUUUCCUUUUUGUGUGGAAGAAAAGUCACAAAGCGGGAAGGCUUCCCCCUGGCCCAACUCCCCUUCCCAUCAUUGGGAAUCUGAUGCAACUAAACCUCAAGGACGUCCCUGCAUCUCUCUCCAAGCUGGCCAAAGAGUAUGGCCCCGUUUACACUCUGUACCUUGGAUCCCAGAUCACUGUGGUCUUACAUGGAUAUGAGGCGGUGAAGGAAGCUCUAAUUGAUCAAGGUGAUGAAUUCCUUUGCAGAGGACGUAUUCCAAUUAUUGACGAUACCCAGAGAGGAUAUGGAAUCUUUUUCAGUAAUGGAAACAGGUGGAAACAAAUGCGGCGCUUCUCCCUCAUGACCCUGAGGAACUUUGGGAUGGGGAAGAGGAGCCUCGAGGAGAGGGUCCAGGAGGAGGCCCAGUUUCUGGUGGAGGAGCUCAGGAAAACAGAGGCUCAGCCCUUGGACCCUGUCUUCACCCUCUCCUGUGCUUCCUGCAAUGUGAUCUGCUCCGUCCUCUCAACGAGCGUUCCACUACAACAAUAAAACGUUACUCUCCUCUCCCUGUUGAGUUGUUGAAAUAAAAAUUUAAUAAUCGAAUUAAACUCUCCCUGGAACCAGAUUUACAAUCUAUGGCCAAAACUCAUAAAGCAUCUCCCUGGAGAGCACAAAGCAUUCUCAAAAAGGCUUAAUGAUAUUAAAUAUUUUAUUCUGGAAAAAGUGAAGGAGCAUCAAAAGUCCCUGGAUCAUAAUAACCCUCGAGACUACAUUGACUGUUUCCUCAGCAAGAUGGAGCAGGAGAAACAGAACCCAGAGUCUGAAUUUCACUUGGAGAACUUGGCAACCUGUGGAUCAAAUCUGUUUUCAGCGGGAAUAGAGACAACCAGUAUCACUCUGAGCUAUGGGCUCCUGCUCCUAAUGAAAUACCCUGAGGUUCAAGCCAAAGUUCAUGAAGAAAUUGACCGUGUAAUUGGAUGCAACCAAAGCCCCUGCAUGAAGGACAAGAUAAAGCUGCCCUAUACAGAGGCCGUGCUUCAUGAGAUACAAAGAUACAUCACCCUCCUUCCUUCUAACAUGCCCCGUACUGUGGUCCGGGACACGAAAUUCAGACAGUACUUCAUCCCUAAGGGCGCUACUGUAUUGCCAUUACUGUCUUCGGUUCUGUAUGAUUGCAAGGAAUUUCCCAACCCAGAGAAGUUUGACCCAGGUCACUUUUUGGAUAAAAAUGGCAGCGUCAGGAAAACAGAAUACUUCGUGCCUUUUUCCAUGGGGAAACGGGCAUGUGUUGGAGAGGGCCUGGCCCGCGUGGAGUUGUUCCUGUUUCUCACCACCAUUCUGCAAAACUUUGUCCUGAAGCCCCUGGGGGAGCCAAAGGACAUAGAGACCAAACCCAUUGUUACCGGGCUUAUCAACAUCCCACAACCCUACAAGCUGUGCUUUAUCCCUAGACAAAAGAAGAACUUUUCUCUUUUAACAAUUUAAAUCAAAGUAAUUGCUUUUUCCUCUCAUUCCUUCUCCCACCCCAUAGUCUCUUUUCAUUUUAAAUACUGCCUAGGACAGAAACACUACUCACUAAAAGCUUGAUGGACAUUUGUUUAAACCUACAAAUCCCUUGCCAAAAAGGAUCUGGGUCCUGAAAACUCCAAGGGUAAAACAAUAUACUUACAUCCUAUAGAGUACUUUAUAAACCGUGAUCCAGCCAAACCAAGACCAGGCCCACAGAAGGCCUUUACUGAGACAAUUGGCAAACAGUGGAGCCUUCACUCUUUCUGUGGCUUUGGAGAUACGCUGAUUUUCUAUAGUUUUUCAAAAUAGAGAAAUUAAUAUUAUGGCCUAUGUGUAUUUUUUCCUAUUUCCAAUGGAAAGCACUUACAUGAUUUCUGCCACAUUCACAAAAUAAAUCCUUUUAUUCCACAAUAGA